CAAAUUAAAAUAUCACCAAAAGGAAAAAAAAAAAGAAAAAAAAAAAAUUAGGACUAACAAACUAGAUAUACCUUAUGAUUGACUUAUAAAUGAAGGCCCACCAAAGCAAAAACAAAAGACUUUACAUUGGGCACUUUCGUAGUUUAAGGGAAUGCCACGUGUGCAUUUCAGACACUCGAUCCAUCAUUUACCCGGCAAAAAUUCUAAUUCAAAAGCUAACAGAUAAAAAGAGAAAAAAAGAAAAAAGAAAAAAGGAAAGCCAAACAAACAGAAAACAGAAAACAGAAUACAUUCAAAACUGGAAAAGAAAUAAUAAAAAGAAAGUCUGCAGAUUAUAAAAUGAGUUUUAACUAAAGAAAUUUCGAGCUUGGAAAAUAAAUUAAAGAGUUAUCUGUGAAUAAUUUGGCGGUGUUUUUCACUUUCGAAAAAUGGAAAUUCUUGGAUGUGGGAGUCUGAGACUUUUUCUUAGAAAAACAAAAAAGAAGAAAAGAAAGAAAAUUCUGCUCCAGCUCCAAUCCAACACAUUCAUGCUCAAAAGGAAAAAAAGAAGAGAAGAAAUGUUGUCUUUCGGUCUCUGUCUCUCUAAAUCGAUUCUGCAACAUCCAUCGUCACUUCAAAUAUUCUCCGCCUCAGCAAAGAUUCCCACAUUCUACAAUUUUUAUUUUAUUUUAUUUUUUGGUUUAACAUCUUUUUAACGAUCACUCUUAAAGCUUUCUUUUUUUUUUUUUCUCUUUAUCUUCCUUUCUCAAGCCAAGAAUCUCUUUCUUUCUCUUCUCUUACAGAUUCCUUUUUGUGUGUGUAUGUUUUUUUUUUUUUUGUUUUUCUUUUUUAUUCAUUCCCCCUUUUUAAUCAAACAAUGUUCCUAUUGCGUUGUUCCCUCGUCUCAUCUUCUCUUCUCUUCUCUCACUUUUCUUUCAUUCUCUUAAUUCCUUUCUUGCUUUCUUUUUCUCUCUCUCUUUCUUUCUAUCGUUUUCGUUUUCUUGGUUUCGUUUUUGAUCAAAUUGCUUUCUUUGAUUCUUUCUUAUGGCUCCUCCAUCCUCCUCUUCUUCUUCUUCUUCAGGUGUCAACCAUAUCUCUAAUCCUUGUAUUUAUGGGGAUUUUGUUUCUUCGUACGCAGAGAGAAAAUCUCGGUUCAUGAAAUGGCUAAGCAAGCUUUUCAAAGGUGGGCCUACUCGUGGCGGCGGCAGCCGUCAUCCACAGCUCCUUGGGGAGGAAAACAUGGUCAGCUGGCGUGCUCCGGCUAGAUCUUUGGAUGAGCACACUAGACCUGGUAAGGAGAAGGAGGAAUCAGAUCAUGCAAUGGCUCUUUCUCUAGCUGAAGAUUGGAAAAGACCAGGAUAUAGAUGGCGAACAGAUAAUGAUGAAGAACUAGCUAGGGCACUUCAGGAUAGCCUUAAUCCGUCUGGAUAUCCUCCUUAUGCCCCUCCACAAUAUUAUCAGAGGGGUUAUAGAUUAUGUGGUGGCUGCCAUGGUGACAUUGGUUAUGGCAAUUAUUUGGGAUGCAUGGGAAAAUUUUUUCAUCCAGAUUGCUUUCGUUGUUCCUCAUGUGGUUAUCCAAUUACUGAGAAUGAGUUUUCUUUGUCAGGUAGAGAUCCAUAUCACAAGACUUGUUUCAAAGAGUUGACUCAUCCCAAAUGUGAAGUCUGCCAUCAAUAUAUUCCAACAAAUGAUGCUGGUUUGAUCGAAUACAGAUGCCAUCCAUUUUGGUCCCAGAAGUACUGUCCAUCACAUGAGCAUGAUAGUACAGCUCGAUGCUGUAGUUGUGAACGCCUGGAGUCUUGGAAUACAAGAUACUAUUCCUUGGGCGAUGGGCGAAGCCUAUGCUUAGAAUGCAUGGAAUCUGCUAUAAUGGACACUGGUGACUGCCAACCGCUUUACCAUUCCAUCAGGGACUAUUACGAAGGAAUGAAUAUGAAACUGGAUCAGCAAAUUCCCAUGCUUCUAGUUGAAAGACAAGCGCUUAACGAAGCUAUUGUAGGGGAGAAAAAUGGGUACCAUCACAUGCCUGAGACAAGGGGUCUAUGCCUUUCAGAAGAGCAGACUGUUACCAGUAUACAGAGGAGGCCAAGAAUUGGUGGCAACAGGCUAGUUGGAAUUAGAACCCAACCACAAAAGCUGACUAGGAAAAGUUGUGAGGUUACAGCUAUUCUUGUACUUUAUGGUCUUCCAAGACUACUAACUGGUGCAAUCCUUGCCCAUGAGCUGAUGCAUGGGUGGUUGCGCCUUAAAGGUUAUCGUAAUCUCAAUCCUGAGGUAGAGGAAGGUAUCUGUCAAGUGCUCUCAUACAUGUGGCUUGAAUCAGAAGUGCUACCCUCUAAAGGCAUGCCAUCUACCUCAGCAGCUUCCUCCUCUUCCAGCUCUUCAAAGAAAGGAGGGAAAUCCAAUGCUGAAAAUAAACUGGGCGAGUUUUUCAUGCAUCAAAUAGCCAAUGAUGCAUCCCCAGCUUAUGGGGGAGGGUUCAGGGCUGCAAAUGCUGCUGUGAAUAAGUAUGGUUUACGCAGAACUUUGGAUCAUAUCCGGCUUACAGGGCAUUUCCCAUUAUAAUACUAACAAAGGUUACAUGCUGCUUACAUCUCUACCUUAAUCCCAUUUGAUAUAUUAUUUUGCUCCUCCAAAGGAUUGAGCUCGUUGCAGAAGUUUGGGCAGGGUACCCUUAAUUUUCUUCAGGGUUCUUCUAUAUCACACAUGUCCAAAAAAUGGCUGCUCAAGUUUAAUAAAAUGUAAUGACUGUGUUCUGUUAUAAUUUAAUCUAUUGAGAGAGGUUCAUUUAGUUCAGUUCUAUUUUAGCUGUAAUUCUCAUGCCCUAGCCAUACUGAUUAAUAAGUUAUGAUUCAUUAAUUUGGGA